GUUUCGAAACUUCGGAAACUCAGUCGUGGCGUCGAUGUCGAUGUUAAAGUAGCGGCUGCCAGUGUGAGUUGUGUGCCCAGUCUAUUAUCCGAACACGGAACAAUUUGCGAUAAACUAGUAGUUUUUUUCAGAGGUAAAAUUCCAAGUUUGAUGAAAGUGGCCGCAACAAAAGUUCCUUCCGUUGAAGUUGCGGCCCUUUUUGUGUAUUUUUAAUCGUCAACAUGGAUGUAGUCAAGGUUGCUGUUAUUGCUAUUGCAGUGCUAACAGCUCGUGCCAAGUGCGAAGGAGAGAUAGAAAUCCAGCCCAAUGGUGAAAUUACGAAAUCUGUCGGGUCGCAGUUGGCAUUAACAUGUAAGCUUAAUGUCGACAAACCCGAUCAAAUAACACAGUUGGAAUGGAGGGACCCAUUGGGUCGAAGAAUUGAUAACACCAACACUGAUACCAAUUUAUACAUACAGAAUACACCUGAUAGCGGAAGCGCACUACUCGUAUUUUCCCAAAUAACGAAAGACAUGGCAGGUACUUACACUUGUACAGCUAAAUAUUCGAAUACAGAAGAACUUAAGGCCUCGAAAGAAAUAAAAAUUAUAGAGGAAAUAAAGUGGAAAGACGCACCUGAAGAACAAUAUCCGAAAUUGGGCGAAACUUUUAGAGUACGUUGCGAGGCAGAGGCAAAUCCUUCUGCCUCAAUCAAUUGGGAAAGAAAUGGCGUCUCAUUAACCACCAAAGACAGAUACAUCGUAAAGGCUAACGGUCUUAUCAUUAAGGAUGUCAGAGAAUCUGAUGACGGAUUGUACAAAUGCACAGCGGUUGUGAUCUCUACAGGAGAAAUACAAAUUCGAAAUAUAAGGGUUGAAGUCCAGAUUCCUCCAAAAAUAGAGCCCAUGAACAAUUUGGAAAUCGUUGAGGGCGAACGUGCUCAAAUAAUGUGUAAAGCGAGUGGUAAACCACCUCCAAAAUACACUUGGAUAAAAGAGAGUAGCCGAGAGGAUCUAUCGAAAACAGAUAGAUUUUCGGUCAAGCCAAACGAAGGCUUGUUAUCGAUAACCCGCGUCGAAUUGAUCGAUAAUUCAAACUACACUUGCGUGGCAGAAAGCAGAGCUGGUAGAGACGAGGCGUACGUUCAACUAAAAGUCCUGAGUCCACCCCGAAUAUACGAAUUUCUUAACGCCACUGUACCAAUUAAGAAAGAAGCGCAAUUAAUCUGUAAAGCGAGCGGUCGCCCGGCUCCUGCUGUAACAUUUAGAAAACUGAGCAACCGACAACCAUUCCAACUGGGCAUUCAAAAAGAGGAUAACAGAAUCAUCGUCGAACAAAGAUUUGACCCUGCUAAAGGCGAAAGUUAUGGUAUACUGACUAUAACGAACGUACAGAGAAGUGACGACGGAUUAUACGAAUGCAUAGCAAAAAACAGUAUUAGAGAUGCUUACAAAAACGGUCAUAUAACCGUGCAAUUUGCACCAACAUUCGAAAAAACGCGAAAUUUAACUUCUGUUUGGACAUGGGGUGAGAGACUAGCAAAUCUGUCUUGUAUUCCGGAAGCAAUUCCGAACGCCACAAUUGAGUGGAGGCGGCAGGGAGUGACCUUAGAAGGCAACAGUACCAACAUGUGGGUCAUUGGAAACGGUCCCAAAUCGUUUUUGAUAGUCAAAGUCGGCAACCAACAACGGUUUUUGGGACACUACGAAUGUCGAGCUAGGAAUGAAAUUGGAAAUGACAGCAUUAUAAUCGAACUGAAACAAGCGACCGUUCCCAAACCUGUGCAACAAGUCAAAAUUGCAUACAUCACAGCAACCACGAUCACAUUUGAUAUAGUCGGUCCGCCCAAUUUCCACGAUCUACCAUUACGGAAAUACGUGGUACAAUAUCAAACGGAACGGAUAGGGCAUUGGAACAAUGCCCAAAAUUACACAUGGACUGUAGGUGCACCAUCUUAUACAUUGGAGAAUUUAAUUCCGGAAGUGACUUACAACUUUAGAUUUGCGGUUAUAAAUGACGUGGGAAUGGGUGGGUGGGGUGGUAACCAGCAGAUCACCAUGCCCAGGAGGUCUGCUCCGGCAGAACCCAAAAUACUCAUUCCUAAUUAUCAUCCGGAUGAUUUGGUACAAAACAGGGAUAUCAUUAUUAGUUCCUAUGCGGACCAUUUCGAUUUGAGAUGGAAUGUUCCCAAUGAUAAUGGCGCACCCAUUGAUAUGUACAUUAUCAGAUAUUGUGUGAUUGAGAAAAUUAAUGGUGAAUGGAAAGAUAAUUUAGACAAAUGUAGUCCGGAAAUAAGCCAUAGUUUUCAAUAUACGAAUUACGAAUUGAAAAAUUUAGAGCCGGACACAGUGUACAAAAUUGAAUUGAAAGCCCAUAACUCGAUUGGCUCUAGUUCUCCAGCGCAAAUAAGGAUCAGAACCCCUAGAGGGAUGAAUCAGCCGAUUUAUCAAGAACCACCCAUUAGCAGUGCGAUGAUAGUUGCAGUAGUCGUAGCAGCAAUACUUAUCAUCAUACUAAUCAUUGAUAUCGCCUGCUGUUAUAUCAGCAGGUCGGGCAUUUUGGCUUAUAUAUUGGAGAAGAUCAAAUCCAAGCCUACCGACGAAGAAGACCCGAAAUUGGGAAGUCUAUACAGUUGGCGAUUUCCACUGCCUUAUUGCAGUUACAAAGCAGCAUCGGCACACCCUAGCAGUCUGAAUCUGCCCCAGCCUAUAAAACUGUCUACUACCCCCAUGGACGAAAAAGAGCCCCUCAAACCAGACAGAGGGAAUCAACCUGAAUUUAUAAGUCCUGACAAAAGAAAUAUCUCGGUUGAGUUCGACGGACAUAGGGUAUAUUCCAGGCCCGGAGAUAUAAUUAUUGGUAAGAAUUCAGCUGUAUAAACGAUUUUUUGUUUUUUGUUACCUCAUUUUCGUGAAGACAAUGUACUUAUAAUAAUAAUGCUAUUGCAUUCGUCUGAUGAUGUGCCAAAAAUGUUUUAAAUGUUUCCAUGAAGUUAUUUUAUUUCUUUUGGAAAUAUUCAGGCAAAUUUCGUUCCUUUUUUUUAAUGAUUAUAAAAAAAUAGGUAUCCAGAGAUUUAAAAUUUAUUUUUUCUUCUUACUUUAUCGGUUUCUAAAACAUCUUCCAGUCGUAACUUAGAAAGUAUUAUAAAAAGUAUUUUUAAAGUAUGCAGUGUAAAGGUGUAAAUAAAUAAAUUAUGCUUAUGCCUGAAUUGAUAGAAUAUUAUAAUCGAUAAUUUGAUUGAUUGUAAACUUUUUUGUUAUUAUAAAGCUAUUUACAAAAAUAAAAAUUUGCUAGCAAAGUUUACCCUGUACUU